AAGUGGCGCGCGCGCCUGCUCAGUGCGCGCGGGCUGGGCGGUCUCGUGCCGGCCUAACCUGUUCCCGCGGAGCUGCGGUACUGCCUUGCCCGGACCGGUUGGUGAGGCAUGGAGCCGGUGGGGGGCGGCCGUGACCACCGUGGCUCCUCCUCCGCAGACCCACGAAGCACCUUCGUGUUGAGUAACCUAGCGGAGGUGGUGGAACGUGUUCUCACUUUCCUGCCCGCCAAGGCGCUGCUGCGGGUGGCCGGCGUGUGCCGCUUGUGGGGGGAGUGUGCGCGCAGAGUGUUGCGGACCCAUCGGCGUGUGACCUGGAUAUCUGCGGGCUCCGCGGCGGCUGGCCGCCUGGAGCAGCAUUGCUUGGUCCGCGCGGCGGCAGAGGAGCUUGAGAAUGUUCACAUCUUACCACGGACAGUUCUUUACAUGGCUGAUUCAGAAACUUUUAUUAGUCUGGAAGAGUGUCGUGGCCACAAGAGAGCAAGGAAAAGAACUACCAUGGAAACAGCAUUUGCCCUUGAGAAGCUAUUCCCAAAACAAUGCGAAGUCCUUGGGAUUGUGACCCCAGGAAUUGUAGUGACUCCAAUGGGAUCAUGCAGCAAUCGACCUCAGGAAAUUGAAAUUGGAGAAUCCGGUUUUGCUCUGUUAUUCCCUCAAAUUGAAGGAGUAAAAAUACAACCUUUUCAUUUUAUUAAGGAUCCAAAGAAUUUAACAUUAGAAAGACAUCAACUCACUGAAGUAGGUCUUUUAGAUAACCCUGAGCUUCGUGUGGUCCUUGUAUUUGGCUAUAAUUGCUGUAAGGCGGGAGCCAGUAAUUAUCUGCAGAGAGUCGUAAGCACUUUCAGUGAUAUGAAUGUCAUCUUGGCUGGAGGCCAGGUGGACAACCUGGCAUCGCUGACCUCUGAAAAGAACCCUCUGGAUAUUGAUGCCACAGGUGUGGUUGGACUGUCAUUUAGCGGACACCGAAUUCAGAGCGCCACAGUGCUUCUCAACGAGGAUGUCAAUGAUGAGAAGACUGCUGAGGCUGCGAUGCAGCGCCUCAAAGCAGCCAAUAUUCCAGAACAGAACACCAUUGGCUUCAUGUUUGCAUGCGUUGGCAGGGGCUUUCAGUAUUACAGAGCCAAGGGGAAUGUUGAGGCUGAUGCAUUUAGAAAGUUUUUUCCUAGUGUUCCUUUAUUUGGCUUCUUUGGAAAUGGAGAAAUUGGCUGUGAUCGCAUAGUCACUGGGAACUUUAUAUUGAAGAAAUGUAAUGAAGUAAAGGAUGAUGAUCUGUUUCAUAGCUAUACAACAAUAAUGGCACUGAUUCAUCUUGGGUCAACUAAAUAAAGCCACCUGCAAAGUGGCUUUUGCAGUGUAA